AUGACACCAAUUUUUUUCGAAGUGACUCUUAAUGAUAACUUUGACUACGAAACUCUUGAUGAUUUAAUUAACGGUAUACUAACCAACGAGGAGAUAAUCGGCUACAUAAUUCAUAUAGAUGUGCUUCCCUUACACAGUGUGGCUUUGCACGCUGGGGUUGACUUGAUCCAGUUAUCCGAAUUAACAUUGAGGCUUCUUCGCCGUGGUUAUCUUCAAAAUUUGGACAUGUUUCCUCUGCGGCAUACUCUUGGCCUUCAGAAUAUUUCUAAGUUUGAUCCUUCAACUGCUCAAGAGCAAAUUAUGCCACUUUCAGAAGCCAAGGGAGCCAACGCUGGCGAAAAUAUUAAAUCGUGUUCAGGAAAAAGUAAAAAGAAAAACAGACAGCCAGAUUCGGAUUCUAAAGUUAUUUCUCAGAAAAUUCAGCCAACACAGGGUUACCAUUCAAAGACGUUAGAUGCUAUAUUUCCUAGACGUAUCUUGGCCGUUGGGGUAACAACGUUUGUCGAUCGAACAGCCGAAAUAGCCCCCAAUGCCAGGCUUGUUGGAGCCUGCUUCAUUGGUCCUGGGUGUCGAAUAUCACAAAACUGUCUUCUCGUCGAUUGCAUUAUUGGCCCCGGGUGA